AUGAUGUCUGAGUAUGAUUAUGUGAGUAAAAGAAGACCGACGAAAGUGCGUUGGCAGAUCGAGAAUCUGGAGGAUCUGCUGAAGGAAAAAGACAAUCAAGUCGAUAUGGCCAGGGCCAGGCUGACGGCGAUGCAGGCGCAUCAUUGCAGCAGCGAAGGCGCACUUAGCAGUCUCGAGGAGGCGAUCGGGGAUAAAGAGAAGCAAAUGGCACAAUUACGCGAGCAAAGGGACCGAGCCGAACAGGAGAAGCAAGAGGAAAGGGAAUUGCACGAGAGGGAGAUCGCUGAAUACAAAAUGAAGAUACAUACUUUGGAGUCAGAGGUCGAGAAAUUGGGCGCACGUUUGGAGCGAGCGCAGGCGGAGAAGGACCGGCUCGAGGCGAAGCUCGAGAGCUCACAAUCCGAGCUCGGUAAGAGCAAAGCUGAGCUGGACAAGGCCGCCUCCGAGGUCGGACGUAGUGGUGCGGACUGGGAGGCCGCGAAGCAGCGGCUGGCCAGGUUGGAACUGGAGAACGAAAGGCUGCGGCAUGACAUCGAGCGGUCGCAGGGCUACGGCAGAAGCACACUGAACUCAUCCCAGGAGAUGGAGCGCGUUCAGGAACGAGCCGACAAAACCGCCGCUGAAUUAAGGAGAGCCCAAGCCGAGCUGAGGGUCACGCAAGCGGACAAUGAGAGGGCACGUGCCGAGGCUGCGACCCUCCAAGAAAAGGUGGAGAAGAGUCAGGGCGAGGUGUACAGGCUUAAGGCCAGGCUAGAGAAUGCUCAAGGCGAACAGGAGAGUCUGCGGGAAGAGUAUGACCGCGCACAGGCGUCCGUGGCCCGUCUUCAUUCCGAGAGGGAUAAGGCGGUUGGCGAGCUCGAAAAAUCGCAAGAGGAACUCGAGCGCACACAGGCCACUCUCGGCAAGGCGCAACUUCAGCAAGACAAGCUGCAGAAUUUAUUGGACAAGACACAGAGCGAGGUUGACAAGCUACAGGAGAAGCUCGAUAAGUCACAGACGGAAGUUCGUAGAAUGCAAAUGGAGAGAGAAAAACAGAUCUACGACUUCGACAAUCUGCAGAGCCAGCUUGACAAAGCGUUAGGACAGUCAGCGAGAAUGCAGAAAGAACGCGAGGCGAUUCAACUUGAUGUGGAUCGACUGCAGGACAAAUACGAGAAAGCUCAGGUCAUAAUGCAGCGACUACAAAAGGAACGAGAUAGUUUCCAAGAGGAGAUGGAGAAGAUGCACGAGAGGAUAGAAUUCCAACAAAAUCAGAUAGCUAAGAUGCAACGCGAGAAGGAGAAUGUACUCUCAGAACUCGAUUUGGUGAAGGAGAGAUGGGAGAAGAUGCACAAUACUCAUCAGAAAUUAACGAUGGAGCGAGACGACGCAUUGACUGAAAUCCAAAUUCUAAAGGAGAAAUUGGAGAAGGCGCAGUAUUCCAUGAAUAAGGCUCACGAGGAGCGAGAGAACACCGCCAAGGAAUUUGAAAAGAUGCUGGAGAAAUAUGAUCGGUCGCAGAGCGAGGUGUACCGCCUGCAGAACCGCAUCGACGUGCUGGAGGCGGACAAGGACCGGCUCGAGCUAGAGGCGGAGAAGCAGCAGAUGUUGGCGACCAAGUCGCGCGAGGAAUCGCGUAAGGCUCAGGAGGAGCUGGCUCGGGUCCAGGAAAU